AUGGUCUUCCGGCAAUGCCGUCGUGUGUACUAUCUCAGUUCGCUGGCCUACAAGGGGAUCAAUGCUCCAUCAUGUUCUCAAGUGAAUCGCAUUCUUUUUCAAAAACGUUUACUGCACACAAGCCUACGCUAUGCGGCCGCUGAUCGUAGCAAAGUGGAGUACACUUUGAAAAUGCUGAAGGAGGAUUUACUCCGACAGGAAGAAGCUCGAAAGCGUAAAUUGGUCCCCGCCACCUCAUCAACUGAGAAAAAGGCAACUAUCAUCCAAAGGAUUGUACAUGAAUUUAAACAUUACUACCAUGGAUUUCGACUGCUGGCUCUUGAAACCAAAUUAAGUGCUAAAUAUAUGUGGCGUCUUCUUCGUGGUGACACCCUGUCGCGAAGGGAGCGUCAGCAGUUGGUUCGUUUAUUUCUUUUUUCCUCCAACCGCCAUUUUAUAAUAACACCUGUAGAGAGGGCAAAAGUGAAUCAGUUGGAAGGGGUACACUCUGUGCUAAUGAUAUGCUUUCGUCUUUUGAGAUUUCUGGCUGGUAAUUGGGAAGUUCUCUCGAAGUAA